AUAGUCUCUUUUUUUGCCGAGUUCAUAUCUGUUUUUUAACACAUCUUGACAGCAUUGCUGACGUUGUUAGGCAUACUGCUUGACUAAGCGAGUGGCCGGACUUUAACGAAGAAGAUGUGGAGGUGGAUCAUCCUUUUGGCUGCGGUUGCAUCGGUUUUCGGAAAUUUCUACCAUCUACGUUCAUACGCUCCUUUCCAUAAAAGGAGCUCCCAGAAAUACUGCGGUCCAGAGAUACACGAGGCGCUCCGAGUCAUUUGCAAUGGAUACUACAACCACAUGUUCAAGAAAUCCUAUAAUUUCGAGGAUGAUCGUAUGAAUGUUUUCUUGGAAGGAGAGGAGACUGAUGACCUUAUUCCAAUCAAUUCAAAAGAAAACGCAUUGUCCAUGUUUUCUAAAAAUUAUUUCCGAAAUAAAAAAGGCGUUUACGACGAAUGCUGUAGGAAAAGUUGCUCAAUAUCAGAACUGACAUCCUAUUGUGCUGAUGGUCAAGGAUGAUUGUAUUGACUAAAUUCUGAAUUACAAUUAGGAUACCAAUAAAAUUUAUUUUUUAUUUAGUCAUUCUA